AGCACUCUGCCAGACCCCGCUCAGCCUUCUCUAGGAAUCCCAGACUGACAAGGUGAGCCCCAUGUCUGGCCCCACCGAGACCGAGAGAUGCAUUGAGUCUCUGAUUGCCGUUUUCCAGAAGUAUGCUGGCAAGGAUGGCAACAACAGCACGCUCUCCAAGACGGAGUUCCUGAGCUUCAUGAAGGUGGAACUGGCCGCCUUCACACAGAAUCAAAAGGAUCCUGGUGUCCUUGAUCGCAUGAUGAAGAAACUAGACCUCAACUCUGAUGGAAAGCUUGAUUUUCAAGAAUUUCUUAAUCUGAUCGGUGGCCUGGCUAUCGCCUGCCAUGAUUCCUUUCUUCAGGCUUCCCGGAAGUAACACGGAGGAGGACUGAAGCCUGACCUCCAGACCCAUAUGUUUUCUUUCCUGCCAGCCACCAUCCAGGAUUAUGCCCUCUUUGCAGUGCCUGGCUCCUGAGCCC